UGCAUGGGCAGACAUUGUCACCACUUCGGACUCCUUGAGCGCCGCUCGGAAGCUGUCCGAAAGAGCAGCAUCAGGAAAAAGCACGCCUGCUUUCAUACUCCUGCAUGUGCUUCGCCGAAAGCACAUUUCCGGCGCAGCACUGCGCAUUCUGAUCCUGUCCACAUUUUCAACGCUGUACGGCCAAUCGAGGAGCCACAUGCCUCCACGACUUCACGGGCCACCUUUAUUCCUGGCCAUCAUUAGGCUCAUGCGGCACGCUCGGAAGGUUUGGCCACAGGCUUUGGCAAGCAUUGUGUCGAUCUGGCUUCGGCAUUUGCAGCACACCACAAUCUCAAACAAGAGUCGCGCCGCCCACCAGCAGCUUGCGGCUCGCACAUUUGAGCUAAACAAACUGUUGAGCCUCGUCUCGCUGAGCACGUCGCUUGAACCAUUCAAGCAUGUCGCGCACAGGUCAGCCGCCAUUGUUCCCAUUCUCAAAUUCAUGUCCGAGCACAAGCCGCCGCUCCUGAUCGACCGCACGGGCUAUCGAGCGGUGAUUCGAGUCCAACUCGCACAACCAGCAAUGGGCAGAACUCAAAGCGCUGUCAUGGCCGCCAUGGAAGGUCGAUCGCACGG